GUAAUAGAACAACAGUUUUGAUGCUUAUUAGUGGUGAUGGCAUUAUAACUGAUGCGGCUCUCUUGUUUGCCUAUAAUGUAUAUUGCAUAUACAUGUUAUCUUCCAAUUGGAACCGUGAAAGCAAAAAAUCGAGUAAUACUAUAUUAAUUGAUCAUGAAAAAUUAUCUAUCCCGCUUGCCACUUUUCAAAAUUUUUGGUCUAUUACGGAUUCCAUAUACAAAAUUGAUACUAAAACUAUCGUAAAAGGUACUACGGACUUUAUAAGUACUUUUAAAUCAGUUUCAGCUAUGCAAAAAGCACUUUCGCUACGAGCUUUCAUAUCACUUGUAUAUCGAACUGGCAUUGUGUCUGUGGCAUUUUGUUCUGUACGUGAUGCUGACGAAGACGAGAGUUUUAUAAGUCAAACCAUUUUAAAUGUUAUAACUGCAUUUACAACUCCAGUACUCAUUGCAGUAUAUACGCACUUGUUAUUGUCCCAUUAUGAACAUUUAGAUGGUGAUGAUUCAUUUUGGAGAUGG